UCAAUAACAAAUUUAUUCAAUAUUCGGUACACAAUCUGUAAAAUAUAUUUUUUGGGAUAAAACAUAUGUUUACACAUGAUGUAGGGGCCAAAAGGUCGAUGAUUUUUUUUUUGCAUCAUUAUCAUGUGAACACGUGUAUAUUGUAUCCACCAUGAAACCUGUCUCUAAAAUCUCUUUUUUUUAAAAAUCAUUUUUAACGCAAAACAAUAUAUCGUAAUGCGUUAAAGUUCAUUAAAACAAUCAGAAUCAUGUAAAGAUGUUAAAAAAACUGGUUGUAUAAUUCAUCAUGGAGCUUCCAUAAUCUAAUUAAACCGGGCGGAACAGCCAUUGUCGUUUCAUGGUCAUAAUUCACAUACACACAUGCUCUUCUCCUAUUGGAUACGAACUGAUCGUGCGAUGGACGUCUGAUACAGUUUACCUCUUCAAAGUUUCUUAAUUUUUGGUAAGUGGUACAAACUGUAAUUGAGUGCAACAUAUAUCAUAUAUUACUAGUAUCGAUUACCUAGAGCAGAAGGCCACUUUUAUCUGCGGCAUCCUCCAAUGUUAAAAUACGGAUCAAUGAUUGUGAUCUGUGAUGCCACGGAACGCAAACGAGUUUUGAUGAUGUGUUGCAUGACGUCAUAGUUUAAACUAUCGUUUUACAUACUGGAUGACCGAAUAAGAAGAGUGCUGAACUGAGUGUAUAGCAGCAAGCAUCAGAAGUUGACCGAUGAUACAGUAUAGUAGUAAAAGUAUUGCUAAAUUUUUAAUAUAUCUUAUAUUGAACUGAUAAUUAAAUUUGUCUGAUUUUUUUUAUUGAUUAAUGAUCAUUCGAUUGGUUCCGAAUCGGUGUUUUUAAAAGCGUGCAGGACAUCUUAUCAAACUGAACAUUUUUCUGCUCUGUGAAAUCCUCUUGACCUUUGAACGGAAGUCUGAAGAGGGUCGUCGAAGAAAGUAACAAUACCAUGGAAACCACGAUAGAUUUUUGUGAGCUUGCAGAGGUUUUAUCAAACCGUGUGUUGGAGUAUUACCACGAAGAGGAUUGGAAACCCCUUAAAGAUGAGGAUAACAUCACGGUCAUGUGCAAGAAGUCAAGGGACUUUUCAGGAAAUGUAUAUCGUGGUGAUUGCACAAUACCAUUAGAACCAGAGAAAGCUCUCUCAUAUUUUCUGCCACACCCACACGGACGUCGUCAAAAAUGGGACUCGAGUGUCGCAGAAUGUCAAGUGCUGAUCGAGGUAACCAAGGAUAUAACGAUAUCAAAAGUUUCAGCAACAAAACUCCUCCAAGGCCUUAUUUCUGAUCGCGAUUUCAUCCAUCUGGAUGUGGUAAAGAGGUUCCCCGAACUCGGCUUCACAUGCGUCAACUCUUGUAGCAUCGAUCACAAAGACUAUCCACCUGGUGAUGAUUAUGUGAGAGGAACUACUCAUCCUUCAGGAUUCUUCCUAAAGAAGCACAAUAAGGAUAGAUAUAAAACGAAUUUGACGUAUAUAGCUCAAGCAGAGGCGAACGGGCGUAUACCACGGUACCUGACUGAGGCAGCGACCGGCUCACACAUAAUUGGUGUGUUUAAGGAUAUGAUCAAUGAUAUAGAAAGCACCAAAGUGUAAUGACGUCAAUAAAAAAAAAACAAAAAAAAAACUAGGCAUCCGUCCAAUGCUCGGCACCAAUUGUAUUCGUUAACUAGAAUUGGUUUUGUCAGAAAAUAACAUUGAUGUUGAUGAGUAAAAGGUUUUCUUCUCGAUAUUUACGCCUUGGAAUUGUUUACUUGUUGAACUGUUUUUUCCCUAUCACCUUCACUAUCGUCAAAGAUUUACCUGUAUUCUAUGAGCUAAAACAAAAUGAAAAAUCCGAUUCCAUAUUUUAAUUGACUAAUUAGUAUAUUUAAAUAAGUUACUUAUAUGCUUUAGGAAAUUAUAGUUAACCAAAUUGGCUGGUAAUCAACUUGAGGAUUUUUGUAGUAAAGUGUGUGAAUAAGCGAAAACAGUUUUCUUCGGUCUGUUUCAGGUUGAAGUUAAUAACUUAUUUGAUUUUAUAUUAGAUGUAAGUUCUUUUUCAACGAUCUUAUUUGAGCAUUUUAAAUGAGAUAUUCAAAAUUAGAAAUGAUUUUUUUAGGUUUUUCAGAUUCUGCAGCAGUAAAUUUUUAGUGGUAUAAAAUUCAAAACCAUUAUUACUUUUUUAGAAAAUAUUUUUUAUUAUAUUGUUAUUGCUCUGUUAUUUUUAAUCAUAUUAUUUUGUCCGCAUAGCCUUUAUCAUAAUAAAAUUAAUAUUAUCAUCAAUUUACUUAUUCUAAUUGUUAUUGUUACUAUAUUAUGCCUAUCAUAUUUUAAUAUUCUGCAUACUCUUAUUAAUGUUCAGUAUUAAUACUAGUAAUAUUAAUAGUAGAUCUAAUUAUUAUGAUAAGGGCAUCCCUUAUUAUUAUCAUCUGUAUAUAAAGAUCGACAUCAUAUUAUGGUAUCGUUAUUACUAUAGUCAUCAUUAUUGUUAUUACAUUUAAAUAAGCUUAUAAUAUUUUUAAUUAUGUUUUAUUAUUUUAAUUGAUAAAAUAUAAAUGAAUAAACUCAAAUUUACAAGUGUACAGUUUAUAUUUAUAUAACACUUUUUGUAUACUUUAAGCACAACACAGACAUUCUUCUAUCUACCGAUAACCAUCAUCAUUGUGCUGUUUAAGGCCCUAAUGUUUACACCCCUGUUAUUCAAACUGUUUUGGCUGGGGGCCAAAAUUUUAACUUCUGUAAGCGUACAACCCCAUUUAUAAAGAAACUAUAUUUUCAUCAUUACAGUACAUUCAAUUACAGGAUACCUAGGCCUAUAUCGGAAACGUUGUAAAAUUGUAUUGUCAAUAAUAUAAUGAUAUUUUUGAUUGAUUGAUUUGCUGGGGGCCAAAAUUCUAACCUCUGUUGGCGUGCAAACCCAUUUAUAAAGAAACUAUAUUUUCAUCAUUACUGUACAUUAAAGUACAGGCUACCUUUCGGAAGCGUAAAAUCGUAUUGUCAAUAUUAUGAUAUUUUUGACUGAUAAAAGCAACCAUCUUCAGUUUAUUUGCACAUUACAUGUAUAUUUUACUAAUUAAAAGGUCGGUUUGCUA